AUGGAUUUCGGAAACGCAACUGGGUCCGGGCUGGACGCGGUUUCGAGCGAGGUCAAGACCAGCGGUGCAACGAAUUUGGUGGCCAUUAUUUGGGGGGUUAAUCUUACAGCAUUCGUCCUGGUCGGCCUCACCGUCCCCCUCCGGAUUAUCGUCCGCUGCACGGUGACGCGCGACUUUUUCAGCGACGAUGUAUUGGUCAUUAUUGCGGCACUCUUCACCUUUGGGAUCUGCUCGUUACUUCCAUUGGCCACCGAUUUCGGUCUUGGUCAACAUUCUUCAGACAUCGACGCCGGAGUCUUGGUCGAAAAUACGAAGAACCUGCUUCAGCUUCUCUUCAUCGCGAACAUCCUAUACCCCUGCGCGGUCGCAUUUGCACGAUUAUCGAUAGUAUGCUCAUUUCUGAGGCUCAUCACAGAGAGGAAUGCGCGAUGGGUACUGUGUGCGACGGCGGUCCUGACUGGCGCCUUUGCCUUGGCAUCCGUGUUUGCCGUCAUCUUCCAAUGCACCCCAGUCUCCGCAGCUUGGGAUUCGACUGUUAGCGGUGCAUCGUGCUACCCCUUUCUCAGCUUUCUCCAGGCCAGCACGGCCAUCAACAUUGCCAUAGAUGCACUGCUGUGCACCAUGCCUUUAGCGUACAUCUUGAGGAUGAAUAUACCCUUGGGUGAGAAAAUCCGUGUGACGGUUCUAUUCAUAUUUGCUAGCCUCUCAUGUGCGGCCGCCAUUACCAAGAUGCCCUAUUUGCAGCUCCUAAAUCAGGCUGAUUUGCCGUACCAUUGGACCUCAUGGGUAUUGUGCUCAAUCGCCGAGUGCACAGUUGGAAUCGAAACAAGCUCGACAGAAAAGAGAAAGGUCGUCCCGGUUCGCAGCCUUCAGAAGAAGAACUCGCCAAAACCGUAUAGCCGCAAUUCGUGUCAUCAGGCCGAUGGCGACCCCGUGGCAAGACCAGCCGCUCGAGUCCACGAGGAAUCCAGAUUUUAG